AUGAGUAAUUUAGAGCUCCAAAUGGGACAGCUAGCCAGUGCUCAAAACGCUAGACCAGCUGGAGCUCUUCCAAGUGACACCGAAGCUAAUCCUAAGGAGACUUUUAAUGAGAGGCCAGCCACAAUAGAAUCAACAUCAGAAAAAUCUAAGGAGUUAGAGAAGCCAGCUGGAGAGGCGGUGGCUGAGGAACCCCCACCAUUGGUUGCAAGGCCACCACCUCUGUUCCCUCAAAGAUUGCAGAAAGUGCAAAUUAAUAUUCCAUUGGUUGACAUCUUACAAGAAGUACCCAAAUAUGCAAAGUACAUCAAGGACAUAGUGGCAAAUAAAAGGAUGCUGACCGAGUUCGAAACUGUGGCACUCACUGAGGAGUGCAGUUCAAGAAUUCAAGGCAAGUUACCUCAGAAAUUGAAGGAACCAGGUAGUUUCACUAUCCAAAUCUCGAUUGGCAAACAUGCAGUUGGGCGAGCUUUAUGCGAUCUUGGAGCGAGCAUCAAUUUGAUGCCGCUAUCUGUGUUCAGACAGUUGGGAUUGGGUGAGCCACGCCCAACAACAGUUAUCAUACAGUUGGCCGAUCAUUCCCUUGCUCAUCCUGAAGGAGUGAUUGAAGAUGUGAUAGUUCAAGUGGGUUCUUUCAUAUUCCCUGCUGAUUUCAUUAUCUUGGAUUACGAGCCUGAUCAGGACGUCCCAUUUAUUUUGGGGCAUCAAUUUUUAGCCACGGGCCGAGCUAUUAUCGAUGUCUGCGAGGGAAGGAUGAAAAUGAGAGUGGGUGAUUGA